AUGAGGCGUAACUUGCCACCACCUCCCCCACCACCUGGAUUACUGGGAUCUAACACAAAUGGAAAACCAGCGAUGAGACGGCCACCGCCGCCUCCUCCUCCUCCGAAAUCUCUAUCGACGGCUACCCACACUUCACGACAAACUUCGAGGAAUGUUCCACCUCCAAGGGUUCCACCACCUCCCCCAGGGAGACGGAGGGUUCCCACAGAAAGAGAUGGAAAGUUGUCAGCUAAUGAUUUAAUUGCAAGGAAAAAGAAGUGGUUACAGAUUCAGAAAGAGAGAUAUAGACCUAUCAAAAAAUCAUCAAAAAAUGGAUUGGUUCAACCUCAAAAAGUUGAAAUGCCUCCAGAGCACUUGAGGAAGAUUAUGAUUGAUCAUGGUGAUUUAUCUUCAAAGAAAAUAGCUUCUGAUAAGCGUUCACACUUGGGUUCCUUAAAAUAUAUGCCUCAUGCUCUUUUGAAAUUACUUGAGAACAUGCCACAACCAUGGGAACAAACAAAGGAAGUCAAAGUUCUUUAUCAUAUAACUGGUGCUAUAACGUUUGUGAAUGAAAUCCCGAGAGUUAUUGAACCAGUUUAUACGGCCCAGUGGGCAACUGCAUGGUUAAUGAUGAGAAGAGAAAAGAGGGAUAGAAAACACUUCAAGAGAAUGAGAUUUCCACCAUUUGAUGACGAAGAACCUCCUUUAGACUGGAAUGAAAACUUAGAAGAUAUUCCUCCACCAGACGCCAUACGCUUAGACUUGAACGAACUGAAAUAUAAAACACUUAAAGAUUGGUUUUACGAUGAAAAGCCCUUAAUUGACGAUUUAAACACAGUGAAUGGAGAGUCUUAUAGGAAAUGGAAAUUGGACAUCUCUUUAAUGGCGCAGCUAUAUGGACUUGCUCAACCUUUGCUACCCGACACGAUUGAUCCAAACUAUUUUCAUUUAUUUGACUUGAAUUCAUUCUUCACUGCGAAGAGCUUGAAUCUUGCAUUGCCUGGAGGACCAAAGUUUGAACCAUUGUAUAAAGACACGAUAAAUAAUCCAGCAUCAGAAGAUUUUAGUGAAUUUAAUUCGAUUGACCGAAUAAUCUUUCGUGUGCCAAUUCGAACAGAAUAUAAGGUUGCGUUUCCAUAUUUAUACAAUUCAUUUACUGAGCUGGUAAGGGUAGGUAGAUACCAUGAGCCUUUAAAUUGCUUUAACAAGGUUGCCGGAUACGACUUACCAGCCUUUCACUUCAGGUCUGAUCUUAACCCUAUUAUUCCUCAUGCGAGAACCAAGAAGAUCGAAUAUGAUGAAAUAGAAGAAUUAGAUUUAGGUGGUUGCAAUUCAGUUUCUUUUAUGUCAUAUUCUGAAGAUGAUGAUAUUAUUCCCCUAGAAGCUGAAAAUACUUCUGAAGCAAUUCAAUUAUGGUGGGCACCUUAUCCAUUCAAUGUGCGUAGUGGAAGAAUGGUGCGAGCAGAAGAUGUUGCACUUGUAAAAUCUUGGUAUAAGCAACAUGCUCCGAAAGAAGACCCGAUUAAAGUUAAAAUAUCUUAUCAAAAACUUUUGAAAAACCAUAUAUUGAACGAGUUACACAAUCCCAAGGGCUCCAAGACUAACAACAAGAUGUAUAAUACGAGGAAAAUAAAGCUAUUAAAAAGCUUAAAAUCGACCAGAUACUUUCAAGAAACGACUAUUGACUGGGUAGAGGCUGGAUUACAAGUAUGCACACAGGGAUUCAAUAUGUUAAACCUAUUGAUUCACAAGAAAGGGCUCACUUAUUUGCACCUUGACUAUAAUUUCAACUUAAAGCCAACAAAGACUUUAACUACGAAAGAGCGUAAAAAGUCGAGGUUUGGUAACGCUUUCCAUUUGAUUAGAGAAAUCUUAAGAGUAAUAAAGAUACUUGUGGACUCCCAUGUUCAGUACAGAUUAGGAAAUAUCGAUGCAUUUCAAUUAGCGGACGGAAUAUACUAUAUUUUCAACCAUUUAGGACAACUAACAGGUAUUUAUCGAUAUAAGUACAAGGUUAUGCAUCAAAUAAGAGCCUGUAAGGAUUUGAAGCAUGUUGUAUAUUCUAGAUUUAAUCAAGUGAUCGGCAAGGGACCAGGAUGUGGAUUUUGGCAGCCGGCAUGGAGAGUCUGGAUAUCAUUUAUGAGAGGUAUAAUUCCUCUUCUAGAAAGAUGGCUUGGUAAUUUGUUAGCAAGACAAUUCGAAGGAAGAAGAAGUAACGACGUAGCAAAAACGAUCACCAAGCAAAGAGUGGAUUCUUAUUAUGACAUUGAAUUAAGAGCUCAAGUCAUGCAUGACAUACUUGAUAUGAUCCCCAAGGGCUUGAAGCAGAGCAAAUCAAGAACAAUUUUACAGCAUUUAAGUGAAGCUUGGAGAUGUUGGAAAGCAAACAUUCCUUGGAAAGUUCCAGGGCUCCCUGAACCGGUUGAAAAAAUUAUCGAAAGAUAUAUCAAGGCAAAGGCCGAUAACUGGAUCUCAGUAGCCCAUUAUAACAGAGAUAGAAUAAGUCGAGGAGCUACAGUUGAAAAAACCGUUGCUCGAAAGAAUUUGGGACGUUUAUCUAGGCUUUGGAUAAAGAAUGAGCAACAAAGACAGCUUAAUUUUGCAAAAGAUGGGCCAUAUGUAUCUCCUGAUGAGGCAAUAACUAUUUUUCAGACGACAGUUCAUUGGCUUGAAAGUAGAAGAUUUAGUCCAAUUCCGUUUCCGCCGUUAUCUUACAAGCAUGAUACAAAGUUACUAGUUCUUGCCUUAGAAAAUCUCAAGGAGAGUUAUAAUGCAAAUUCAAAAUUGAACUCCUCUCAAAGAGAAGAAUUAGCACUUAUUGAACAAGCAUACGAUAAUCCCCAUGAAUGUCUUGCAAGAAUCAAAAAGUUUCUUUUGACUCAAAGAAUUUUCAAGGAGGCCGGACUAGAGAUGAUGGAUUACUAUACUCAUCUUGUGCCAACAUAUUCAAUUGAUCCUCUUGAAAAGAUAACAGAUGCAUAUCUUGACCAAUAUUUGUGGUAUGAAGCUGAUAAACGAAAGCUCUUUCCUAAUUGGAUCAAGCCAAGCGAUGAUGAAAUUCCACCAUUGCUCGUUUAUAAGUGGUGCCAAGGUAUUAAUAACUUGGAUGAUGUUUGGGAUACAUCUAAGGGAGAAUGUUGUGUUAUGUUAGAAGCAUCUUUAAACAAGUUUGCUGAGCAGAUCGACUUCACCUUACUUAAUAGGCUAUUAAGACUAAUUGUGGAUCCUAAUAUAGCUGAUUACAUGACUUCCAAAAAUAAUAUCAAUUUGACUUACAAGGAUAUGAAUCAUGUGAAUCAAUUUGGUUUAAUACGUGGUUUACAAUUCUCAUCAUUCAUAUUUCAGUAUUAUGGACUUGUUAACGAUUUAUUGAUACUAGGACUAGAUAGAGCCAGCCAAAUAGCCGGACCUCCUCAAAAUCCGAAUUCAUUUUUGCAAUUCAAAGAUAUUGAAACUGAAACAUCAAGUCCCAUCAGACUAUACUCGAGAUAUAUGGAUAAGAUUCACAUAUUUUUCAAGUUUGAAGAUGAAGAGGCAAACGGUUUAAUUCAAGACUUCCUAUCUGAAAACCCUGAUCCUAAUUUUGAAAAUAUUGUAGGAUACAAUAAUCACCGUUGUUGGCCACGGGAUUCGAGGAUGAGAUUAAUGAGACAUGAUGUUAAUUUAGGAAGAGCUGUGUUUUGGGAGAUUGCCAGUAGGCUUCCAAGUUCAAUAACUAGCAUUGAAUGGGAAGAUUCUUUUGCAUCUGUAUAUUCUAGGGACAACCCCAAUUUACUAUUUUCCAUGUGUGGAUUUGAAGUCAGAAUAUUACCCAAAAUUCGAGCUAAGGAAGACUCUUCCUCUCAAGAAGGUGUGUGGGAUCUUAUUGACUUUAAUACCAAAGAGAGAACAGCCAAAGCAUUCCUUCAAGUCAGCCAACAAGAAGUGAACAAUUUUAACAAUAGAAUUCGUCAAAUUUUGAUGUCUUCAGGCUCAACAACAUUUACAAAAGUUGCAGCGAAAUGGAACACGGCAUUGCUAGCAUUAUUUACGUAUUUCAGAGAGGCUGCAAUAUCGACUGAAUCUCUAUUAGAUAUUCUAGUCAAAUGUGAAACAAAGAUACAAAACCGUGUUAAGAUGGGAUUAAAUUCCAAGAUGCCCUCUCGUUUCCCGCCCGCUGUAUUCUACACACCUAAAGAAUUGGGUGGACUUGGAAUGUUAAGUGCUUCUCAUAUCUUGAUACCUGCAUCAGACUUAAGAUGGUCUAAGCAAACAGAUACUGGUAUAACACACUUUCGAGCCGGUAUGAGCCACCAAGAAGAAAAAAUGAUUCCGACGGUCUAUCGAUAUAUAACGACCUGGGAGAAUGAAUUCUUAGACUCUCAAAGAGUUUGGGCUGAGUAUGCAAUAAAAAGACAGGAAGCUGCCGAGCAAAACCGUCGCUUGACUUUUGAAGAUAUGGAAGGAAGUUGGGAUAGAGGUAUUCCAAGAAUCAGUACCUUGUUUCAAAAAGAUAGACACACUUUGGCGUAUGAUAAGGGUCAUAGAAUGAGGAGAGUUUUCAAACAAUUCAGCUUAGCAAGAUUUAAUCCUUUCUGGUGGACAAGUAAUCGUCACGACGGUAAGUUGUGGAAUCUUAACUCUUACAGAAUUGAUGUUAUUCAGGCUCUAGGAGGUAUCGAAACUAUUUUGGAACAUACUCUUUUCAAAGGUACUGGCUUUGAUUCAUGGGAAGGCUUAUUUUGGGAAAAAGCAUCUGGAUUUGAAGACUCAUUGAAAUUUAAAAAGUUAACGAAUGCUCAACGUUCUGGAUUAAGUCAGAUACCGAACCGUCGUUUUACAUUAUGGUGGUCACCAACAAUCAAUAGAGCAAAUGUCUAUGUCGGUUUCCUUGUUCAGUUGGAUUUAACUGGAAUAUUUUUACAUGGAAAGAUUCCUACACUCAAAAUAUCUUUGAUUCAAAUAUUCAGAGCUCAUUUAUGGCAAAAGAUUCAUGAGAGCGUUGUCCAAGAUCUUUGCCAGGUUUUGGAUAAGGAGUUAGACGUUUUGCAGAUUGAUAAUGUCGAGAAGCAACCUAUCCAUCCUCGUAAAUCUUAUAAGAUGAAUUCAUCGUGUGCCGAUAUUGUUUUAAACAGUUCUUAUAAAUGGAAUGUAUCAAGACCAUCACUUUUACAUGACAGAAAUGACUCCAUGGAGAUAGCAACGAACAAAUUUUGGUUAGAUAUUCAGUUGAGAUAUGGUGAUUAUGAUUCUCAUGACAUUUCGAGAUAUACCAGAGCAAAAUUUUUAGACUAUAGUACUGAUAAUGCUAGUUCAUAUCCUUGUCCAACUGGUGCCAUGGUUGGUAUUGAUUUAGCGUACAAUAUGUAUGAUGUUUAUGGAAACUGGUUUUCUGGUUUGAAACCUCUCAUGCAGAAUGCAAUGAAGGAGAUCAUGAAGUCUAAUCCCGCCCUUUAUGUCUUAAGAGAAAGAAUAAGAAAAGGCUUACAACUAUACCAGGGACAGCCUCAAGAGGCUUUCUUAAAUUCCAGUAACUACGCAGAUUUGUUCACCAAUGACACUCAAUUAUUUAUUGAUGAUACAAAUGUUUACAGAGUUACCGUUCAUAGGACUUUUGAAGGAAACUUGACAACAAAACCUAUCAAUGGAUCGAUCUUUAUUCUUAACCCGAAGACUGGCCAAUUAUUCUUGAAGAUCAUUCACGUUUCAGUGUGGGCAGGUCAAAAGCGUUUAGGUCAAUUAGCUAAAUGGAAGACAGCUGAAGAAGUAAGUGCACUAGUUCGAUCUUUACCUAGAGAGGAGCAACCAAAGCAAUUAAUUGCAACUAGACGAGGAAUAUUAGAUCCUCUUGAGGUUCACAUGUUGGAUUUUCCAAACAUUUCUAUCAGGCCCUCUGAACUUCACUUGCCAUUCGGAGCAGCUUUGAAGAUUGAUAAAUUAGCAAACAUAGUGUUGAAGGCAAAUGAACCGCAGAUGGUAUUGUUUAACUUCUAUGAUGACUGGUUGAAAACGAUUAGUCCUUAUACGGCCUUUUCAAGAAUUAUUCUUUUGUUGAGAGCUUUGAGUGUUAAUCAAGAAAGAACAAAUCUAAUUUUACGCCCAGAUGCCAGCGUUAUAACUCAAGAUUAUCAUAUAUGGCCAUCAUUUACACCCGAGCAAUGGAUCGAAGUUGAAACUCAAUUAAGGGAUUUGAUUUUGAAUGAUUAUGCAAAGAAAAAUAAUGUCAACAUUCAAUCGCUUACUCAGUCUGAAAUUAGAGAUUUAAUCUUGGGCCAAACUAUAAGAGCUCCCUCAGACAAGAGACAAGAAAUAACUGAUAUUGAUAAGAAGGUCGACGAGAAUGAAAACAAGGAACUCACUGCUGUGAAAACCAAGACUACUAAUGUCCAUGGUGAGGAGAUAGUUACUGUUACAACCACUAAUUAUGAACAACUGUCUUUUUCAUCGAAGAAUGAAUGGAGGAAUAGAGCAAUCGCAGCUAAUUCUUUGCAUUUGAGAGCCAAAAAUAUUUAUGUUUCGUCGCCGGAUUCAGUAGAUGAAAGUAUUCCUACGUUUGUGAUGCCCAAAAACAUAUUGAAGAAGCUCAUUCAGAUAUCUGAUACAAAAGUUCAAGUUGGUGGCUUUAUAUACGGAAAGUCCCCAGAAGGUACCACUGAAGUGAAAGAGAUUCAGCAUCUUGCUUUGGUUCCCCAACUUGGAUCUAUCCAUACAGUGCAAUUCCCCAACCAGCUACCCGACAAGGAUGGAGUCCUUGAGGGAUUGGAGUUGUUGGGAUGGAUUCAUACACAAUCGCAAGAUAACAAUUACUUAUCAGCAGUCGAUGUUUCUAAGGUGUCUCAAUUUGGACUCCCGUUUGAUAUAAAUUUCCUUUCUAUGACUGUUUCUUUUACACCAGGUUCGGUGACUUUGUCAGGUUAUCAUUUGAAUGAAGAAGGGUUCAAAUGGGGCAAAGAAAACAAGGAUUUUCUUAGUCAAACUCCUAAAGGAUUUUCUCCAAGAUUUAGUGACAAAGUUGAAAUCUUACUCUCUGAUAGGAUAAUUGGUUCAUGCUUGGUUCCUAAUGAUGAGAUUUGGAAUUAUGCUUUUAUUGGUUCCACCUGGAGCUCUAAUGUGCCAUAUCAUUUGAAAUUAGGUUUGCCCUUGCCAUUUUACCAUGAAUUGCAUCGUCCAAUUCAUUUCUCUAAUUUCAACGAACUUGAAGGUUCAAACACGGAAGAAGCUGAUCAGCAAAGCGUAUUUAGCUAA